AUGGCGAGAGUGCAACGGAGGCGGCUCAAAGAUGACUACACGGAUGAUCGAAUUAGUAUGCUUCCGAAUGAUAUACUAGUGUUAAUAUUGUCUUCAUUGAGUUUUAAAGAAGCUAUGGCGACUAGUUCACUUUCCUCUCGAUGGAAGAACUUGUGGAUGUUGACAUCCAAACUAGAUUUUCACAUUGAUUUUUUAGAAACAAUUGAAAGGAGGAAUUACAAUGAUAGAUACAAAUUUGGAAUACAAUGCAUUUAUGUUAAAUGGGUUGACCACAUAUUUACCCGACUACGAGCCGUGAAACCCUCUACUAAUGUUGUCGAAUUCAGAUUGUCGUUCGAUUUAACUUUUCCGUAUUUCGCACCAUGGAUCAAUGAUUGGCUUAGAUACGCUGUGAGUAGAAAGGCUGAGCGUCUUGAUUUAAUCUUGGUCGCUUACCAAGGCGAAAGGCGUUACUCUUUCCCGUACAAAGAAGGGAAUUUUCCCGCCAAUUUGAAGUUGUUGAAGAAACUCCGUUUGCAUUAUGUUAAUGUGAGUGGUGAGGCUGUGGCAUUUAUAUUGGGGAGUUGUCGUCUCCUCGAGCAACUCUCGUUGCAUGAAACGGGCGUGCUUUCGUCUCUUGAGGUCGUUGGGACAUCUCCGUUGUUCAAAUGCCUAGAAAUCAGCGAGUGCAUGAGCCUCAAAUCAGUUGUGGUUCGUGGAUCGGAGCUUGUUUGCAUCAAGUACAAAGGUGUGGGAAAUCUAGCUAGUUGUCGUUUCGUGCUCGUAAAUGUUCCUCUCCUUACUCAGCUCUGGAUUCAGGCAGAGCCGUAUUUCCCAGAUUUGAUUGCCAUGUAUAAGAUGCCCUUUGAAGCGAAGAUGAUGCCCAAUCUCAAGCAAUUUGUGGUGGUUCUUGCUGGAAGUGAUUAUUGUGACGAGUGUUCUCUAAUGCCAUGGUUUAGUGUGAUAUCUGCACCUUGCUUGGAAAGAGUUGUGGUAGAGUUUGUCGAAUAUGGUACUGCCUUAGACAAGGUAAUUGUUGAUCCACGAUCUUUCAAGCACAGGUGGCAUAUGCCGUGGGAUCGCAUUUAUCGAAACCACAUGGAAGAUGAAACAUUUGUUAAAGAUUGGAAGUGCGACCUUACCAACAAGUCAUCGAAGGCAUUCCAAUCGCUCCGUGCGAAAUUCGUUACAGCUAUGGUUUAUAGUAACGAAAACAAGGUCAUUGAUUACAUGAUGAGAACAACAACAAGCCACAUGAAAGAGGCACAAAGUAAAGGAACCGUUGAUGUUGAAAAGAUGGUGGCAAAUUUCCCAAAACCUUAA